CAUCAUUCAACGAUUUAAUGUGAAAGUUGACGGUUCCGAAUUUGAGCGGGUGGAAUUUGUAGCGGGAAAAUGGUUUCAAGUGUUCAAGAUGUAAUUGCACAGCGCAGCAGCUCUGUGCUGAAUCAUAGAUAUCGAUAUCAGUUGCUGGCUGCUAUAACGGUACAAAUGUUAACCUAUGCCCAUGGCAUCGCAACUGGUUGGAUCUCACCCACACUACACAAGCUGCAGUCUGACAAUUCACCCACAAAUUUCGUAGUAUCCGUUGAGCAGGUCUCCUGGAUUGGUUCUCUGUUCGGUUUAGGCUCACUAUCUGGAAAUAUAAUAUUUGGUUUGUUAUUAAAUCGUAUUGGCAGAAAAUGGUGCAUGUAUUUAAUUGCCUUGCCAUUUGUGAGCGCCUGGAUUUUAAUAUAUUUCUCCAAAACUUACAUUUAUCUGUAUGUGGCCAGAUUUCUGAGUGGCAUGACGGGUGGUGGAAAUUACGUGGUGGUGCCGAUUUUCAUUAGUGAAAUUGCAGAUCCAAGCAUACGUGGAGCUUUAUCAUCAAUGGCCAUGUUGUUCUUAAGUUUUGGCAUUAUGACGGGCUUUGUGCUUUCAUCACAUCUCGAUUAUUAUCUAAAUCCCUGCAUUAUCAUUAUAUUCCCCAUCAUAUACUUAGUAGCAGCCACACAAUUUCCGGAAACACCACAGUUUCUACUGAGAAAACAAAAAAUAGAUAAAGCGCGUGAGGCAUUCAAAUUCUAUAAGAAUAUACCCAAGCAGGAGAAUAUUGAAGCGACUACGGCCAAGCAACAGGAGGUGGAGGAAAAUGCAGAAUUCCAGGAACUUAAGCAAAAUGUUUUAUCGAGCAAUGGCGAAUCUCAGCCACUGGCAUUUAAAGAUUUUGUGUGCAAAGAUUCUUUAAAAGCAUUUUUCACUGCUUUUAUGCUCAUGGCUCUGAAUCAAUUUUCUGGCAGUUUUGCUUUCUUCAACUACAUGUCGGACAUAUUUGCCCAGACAGGUACCGAUAUUCAUCCCAAUACCUGCACCAUUGUCAUGGGAGUGGCCCAAAUAACGGGCACUUGUUUCACCAUGAUAUUGGUAGAUCGUUUCGGUCGUAAGAUGUUAAUGCUGGUGUCAUCGGGUGGCAUGGCUGUGGGUCUAAUAGGUUUUGGUCUAUACAUACAAUUUACCUCUGCUGAAUUGAAAUUGGAAUACAAUUGGUUGCCUUUGGUUAUCAUGACUUUCAUUAUUUUAAUUGCCAGCAUAGGAGUGAUUGCUCUGCUAUUCACUGUUAUAGUAGAAAUUUUACCCACUAAGAUCCGUGCACCUGCCACUUCCAUGUGUAUGGCCUCUAUGAGUUUGAUGGUGUUUGUCGCCCUGAAAAUAUUCCCACUUUUAUUGCAAAAUUACGGUUUAGCCAUCGUUCUAUUCUCGUGCGGUGGCGUUUGCGUCUUGGGAUGGUUUUAUCUUUUGCUGUGCCUGAAUGAGACUAAUGGCAAAUCCUUGGAUAAAUAAUAGACUUUAAAUAUUUUGUGUUAAUUACAAUCUCAACUGCAUUUAUUGCUUAAUCGAAUGGCUAGAAGAUAGUUUCCUGUUUUUGUACUUUUUAUUUAAUACUAUUCAAAUAAAGACUUUUACAAAUUA